GCGGCAUCCUCUUCAGAAUACCACGUUGUCAGCUGCACUCCCUGAACAAUCUGGACCUGAACUGUAGACAGACAAUGCAAACUCGCACACCUUUCUUGAACUUCACAACGGUGUAAACCACGUUUGUACCACAAAGGCAACCAUCUACUGGGUUAACUUCAGGUGAUCAUUUAAACCCCACUAGUUUAACGGAGUGAGAUCGUAAAAGAAAGAAGGAACAAUUCAAAGAGAUCUGAAUCCAAGAACCUGUUGAGUUAGUCACCAACUGAAGUCCCUUGCUGCAAUAAUGAGACUCCACAACUUUAAUUGCAACUGCAACAAUCUUUUCUCCAUACCAAUUGUACAGUUUGCUCUGCUUGCUUCCAGCUGUCUCGGUCAACCAUUACCUCAAACUGUGAGUCCCUUGAUAGAGAAUGCCCCCUUCACUGCUUUGUGGAAUGCACCCACUGAAUUGUGUGACAGCAGAUUUGGUGUUACAAUAGAUUUGAGCCUGUUUGAGGUCAUUGGUAGCCCCUUGGAAACUGCUACAGGACAACCCAUCACAAUAUUCUAUCACAACAGACUUGGUUAUUAUCCAUAUUAUGAUGAGUUAACUAAUGAAGCAUUUAAUGGUGGCAUACCUCAGCUGGUGCCCUUAGAUCUUCACUUAUUAAAGACAACAGCGGAUUUUCAGCACUACAUUCCUUCAGAUGAGAAUCCUGGACUUGCAGUGAUAAACUGGGAAAACUGGAGGCCACAGUGGAUAAGAAAUUGGGACCAGAAAGAUAUUUACAGAAUAAAAUCUGUCGAGCUGGUUAUGCAACAAAAUCAUUCAAUGAAUAUGAAAGAUAUAAUUGAGAUUGCCAAGAAUGAAUUUGAAGAAAAUGCAAAAAAAUUAAUGCUAACAACUUUAAAAUUGGGUAAAUCAUUAAGACCAAAUCACUUAUGGGGAUACUACUUGUAUCCAGAGUGUUAUAACUACAAUUACAAGGAUUCAAUUGUUAACUACAUAGGGAGAUGCCCUGAUAUUGAAAUUUCAAGAAACAAUGAACUUCUCUGGCUUUGGAAUGAAAGCACAGCGCUCUUUCCAUCCAUCUACCUGCAGACAAUACUACGAGAUUCAGUCGCUGCAGCUAAGUUCGUGCGUCACCGUAUCCAGGAAGCAAAACGGGUGGCAUUACUUUCUACCCAGGAGUACUCUCCCCCUAUUUAUGUUUACACCCGUCCAGUGUUCACUGAUUCUCCCACAGAAUAUCUAUCUGAGAUUGAUCUUCUCCACACUAUUGGGGAAAGUGCUGCUCUGGGAACAGCUGGGUUUGUUGUAUGGGGCAGUUUAAGUAUGACGGAAACAAAGCUCGUGUGUUUGACUGUUGAUGACUAUGUUAAAGAAGUCCUGAAUCCUUACAUUGUUAAUGUGACAUCUGCAGCAAGGCUCUGCAGUAAAAUACUGUGCCACAACAAAGGGCGAUGUGUGCGAAAGGACUGGGACUCUGCUCGUUACCUGCACUUGAACCCUGCGAGCUUCAGAAUAAGGAGAACUAACAAAGAAUACAUAGUUAUAGGACAAGCUUCCUUUGAAGAUAUAAUCUUCUUUGCAGAAAACUUUGCUUGCCAGUGCUACGCAGGGCAGAAUUGUGAACCUGUAGGUGACAUAGAGAACUAUAUCACUGAACUGGACACCUGCGUUAAUCCUGACUAUUGCAUCAACUUGGAUGCCUACACAGAAUUGCCUACCAAGUCGCAAAUUAUUGAUCUAAACUCAACUAUUUCUUCCCGAAAUUCUGUUCAUUCUAUCAGUAGUCACUUUGGCCCAUUAGUUUGCACAGCUUUCAUUGCACUUUAUACAAUGCAUCAAAUGUUAUUUUAAAAGAAAUACUUGUAUCCAGUCACUCUCUUGUCUUUUUUGAUUUAAUUAAUGAGCGACUGCAGCACAAUAUGGAUUUUAACAGCAAGUAUUUGAAGUGUGACCUGUUGGUAUGUUCCAGCUAGUGUCCCAAUGUGAAUGUUUUGGUGCUCGGCUAUUACAGUAUAUCUAAUCCUCCAAAUGAUUGAUUAACUCACUAAUUUAAAUAUCUGAGUGCCUGACUGAAUGCUUGAUUUUAUGUAGACCCUGUCACUCAUGUUCAUUUGCUUCUAUUUGGUACAGUUUUGCUCAUGAUUAUAUGGGAUACUGAAGUAAUUUUGGAUAAUUCAAGAAUGUGACCAAUCUCUGUGGAUAACUGAUGAUUAAUGUCUGGGUAAUAGGCCACAGCA